GUUUGAGCGCGUAUACUCGCGUCUGAUUUUCUUUUUCGUGUACCAUCCGAUAACGACAGAAAAGGUGCCAAGAACUUUUUCCCUAAGAACACCGCAUUAGGAGGUUGGAGUCAAGACUUACGAUCCUAGCUCUCUUCGACACUCGUUGACUGCUCAGAACUUGUGCAUUACAAUGUUCCCGUGCUAUGUUAUCUUCUGCGUCCUCGUGCUGGCUGUCAUGCUUUUCGGCGCCCCGGUUGGUUCCUACGACGAGCACUGCGGGCCCGUGUUCAGGACAAACCGACGUUUCGGUGCCAAGCAUCUGAGCCAAAUGUCCACCAACUCAAAGGAAGCCAUUAUGAAGUGCCGGAAUAUAUCAGAAAGCGCAGCGCUUGAGAGAGAUGCUGAGUUCGAGGAGAGGCGACACCUGUGCAUCGGCCUCUUCUUCCCUUCGGUACCCGAGGAGCAGCUGGAGGAACACCUGUGUCGGUUCACGAGGAUGGACUACAGCGAGGACGUUCAGAAGCUGCGCAAUUUAACAGCCUGUCUCAAGCAAGGUCACGAUACUUUUGGGAAGGACGAGCGUCAGGUGCUGGAGCUGCGGGCCUCACGAAUCGAAUGCAUGCAGAAGUACUUCCCGGAUGAUCCGCGAGGCAUCCGGGACAGGAAGUACGCGAACCUGGUGAAGCGAGUGAACGCGCUGACCCACAACGUGAUGUACGCAAACCAGCAGGCAAGUGUUGCCUGUCUCAUUGGCACACCGAGAAUGACGCUGCUACUUUGA